AAUGGCGAACCUCGUGUAGGGGUCGAGUGUGACUACCUGUACCAUUUUCAUCACUUUUAGACAAUUCAGUUUCUACCUUCUCAGCUGUCCUGACAACCAUGUUCGCAAACAUAGCUCUGCGAACUGUUCUGAAAUCGUCGGCUGGUAUUUUGCGAGAAAGCGGCGCUGUGUGCUCUGCUCUGUCAGCGACACCCUGGGCAUGUAGCUCGGCUUUAUUAGGAGCGAGAGUCGGCGGUGUUGCAGGAAGCUUUGCUGCUCUUCCACCAGUGAGACAUUAUGCUCGGGCUGCAAAGAAGAAGAGGGAGGGCUCUGAGGGCCAGCUCAGUGAUCUCACGCCAACAAUGUUGAAGAUGCAUUAUGCAGCUGUACCCCUCGUUCAAACGACUGAUGAUGUUGUCAGAAGACUUCUUUCGUUGGAGUUAGCGAGUCACAGUGAAAAGCUGCAGCUGAAAAUGGAACAGCUGAUUGCAAAAGUCCAGAGGGACGAGAACGACCGCAGCUCUGUGCAAGUUCGCGUGGCUAUUUUGACUGCAAAAAUCCGAAACUAUAAGGAGCAUUUGCAUAAACAUCACAAGGACAAAGCUAACAAGAGGCGGAUGCUCAUGGCCAUUGACCGAAGGAAAAAGCUUUUGAAAAACCUUAGGCUGGUUCACUAUGAGACCUUUGAAACAGUCUGCCAGCAGCUGGGGAUCACCUACACCUUCCCUCCAGAGUACCAUAGGCGGGCCACUCGCCGCUGGCUGGCCAAGAAAGAGUUCUGCAUUAAGGUCUUCAACGAAGUGCAGAAGCAGAAAAAAGAGCAGAUGCUGAACAAGACGAGUUUAGCCUCCACAGAUGCCGAGGCAGCCAAGGCAGACAAGUCAGCUGCCACUGUGAGCCUUUAAAAGACAAUAUAUUGUAUAUUACAACAACUGACUCUAAAUGCUUGUCUUAGCCAGCAUCUUCACUUUUACACCUUCAGAUGUGGUUAUGUGGCAUGUGAAUAAAAAACUUUUUUUUUUU